AACAUAAAUAUGAUGAAUAAGUUGAAUUAAAACCCCUAAUGUUAAAGUAUGCAACCGUAUUUAAACGGAGGAUUGUGAGGUGCGCGUGUGCCCUUCCUCACUCCUAACCGAACCCCCGAACCCCGAUCUUUGCGCAGACCCGUUUUAGGUGACUUGUCCCACCUUAUAAUUUGGAUGAGUGGCGACUCCCUUUUCUUAUACAUUUUUACACUUGAUUUUUCAAUUUAUUUUGAAAAAAUCUCAAGUGGUCGUCAACAGUUUGGCGACUCCACUGGGGACUGAACCCAAAAUCUCUGGUUUCCAUAUUUUGGGUUCACGAGGGUCGAGCUAAUACUUUAACUUUGGGGAAUUUUUCAAACUUUGAUUUUUCCUAUGUUUGUUGAGUCUUUGUGGAUUUUUGUUAUUUAUUGUAUGUGCUUGUCGUGUGUUGCUUGUUGUUUGUUUGCUCAAAGUUUUAAUGGUUGCUUUGAUUGUUUCGCCUUUGAGUAGUUAUCUUGCUACAUCUUGACAUGCAUCAUACCUUGCUAACAUGUCCAUGCAUCAUAUCAUCUCACAUGCUCAUCCAUCAUCGAUAUAACAUGCUUAUUCAUCAAGCAUCAUGCCUAUAUGCCUAUUUGCUUGUGUGUGGAUAUACUCACCUUUUGCACUUGGCUAUGGAGUACUCAGUGAGUCUCUUCCCUCUUGUGCGAUUAUUUAUAUCUUGUUGCAUGCUAAGUGUUGGUUGCUUUGUGUUACUAACCUUUUGCAUUUGGCAUGGGAGUACGAGGUGAGUCCCUUCCUGCUGUGUAAGUAGGUUUGUUUGUGAAUGAUAUAUUUGUUGAGUGCUUUACAUGUUUUAUUUGAUUGCUGUGGGAUAUAUGUUGCUAUUUUUGUGGUUGCCACUAUGCAGGUUAUUGGAGUGUCAUGCCCCUUUGCACACACUCACUCUCAUUUUGCAUUAGGUCUGUGUCGGAGGUGAACCUGACCUCUAGUCUGGAAUCCUUAUGAAUCUGGCUUGGAAGAGCAAUUCUUCUCGCUUUGAGGAGUAAGAUCGGUUCCCGUUAGGUUGUUUCCAUUAGUUAAUACAACACUUGAUGAUGUAAUAUCAUUCUGUGUAUUAGCUUUUGGAAAUAUCUCUCAUUGAUUCCGAAAGGAUAAAUGGUUGAGAAGGCCUAAUGCCCUUUAAGAAAACAUGUAAUGGCCUUAAAGAGAUACCAAACCUAGGACAUGUUUCCCUUAGCAUCCCACCCGUGAGGUUAGGGAUCCCGUGUCUAAGACACAAGGGGCAUUUUUCUUCACUAACUUUGUCUUUGCAUAUGACAGGUUUUCAUUUACAUUCGAGGUAUGAUUAGUUAUUCACCUUUUGCAUUUAAACAUCAUUCUUGAGGUUAGGUACAUUCCAUGCAUUUUGUAUCUUCACUUUCAACCCCAUGCAUAAAAAAAAAAGUAAAAAAAAAAAAGAAGAAAAAGAAGAAGAAGAGUUCAUGAUUGUUUCGCAUGUCAUAUGUCCAUCCUACUCAUUUCACAUUAAAUCUUCCACAUGUCUUGAAAAUUUCACAUGUCAUAUGCAUUGCAAAAUAUAUUUUCAUGUUCAUCUCAUGUGGCAUUCUCCAUUUUGUUCAUUUUAAAUUUCAUUUUCAUCUCAUGUUUCACAAAAAAAUUGCAAAAAAAAGUAAAAUUCCACCCAUGUU